GUUUUAAACAAAGAGAAUAAAAUAAUGCACUGCCAAACCAAAAUCCAAACGAAAACUGACUGACAAGAGACUCGCAAAUAUUAGUGUUGUUUACAGUGUUUGUUUGUUUAAGAAAUGCCAAGUGUCUGGUGAAAAGUUCACCAAAUUUUAAUUAUUUGUUUCUGUACCUUUAUUAGUGUGAAUAAUGCAAGUGUGACGAAGAUUUUAUUUGCGUUAACUUUGCUUGCAAAGGCCGCGUGUGGCAAAACAAUUUCCCCUCCAACGUGCGUGGCAGUGUGUGUGUUUGCGUACGUUAUCACUAGUGCAGUUCCAUGCAGCAGUGGUAGUAGUAUCGGAGAAGAGAGUUUAAUCAAAAGGAGCAAAAGGAAUAUCGAAAAAUCCACUGCUGAAUGUGACUGUAGCUGUAGAUGUGUAUAGUGCCCUAGACUAGACGGUAGAGCGCGCAGUUUGCUCACACCGCGUUCAGUUGUGUGGUGAUGUUCGCGAAAUAGAGUUGGUGUGGAAGUUUUUUCUACUGGUGCGAUUUGCCGUUUUCUUACUUGCACUAGGUUAGGGGGCUUUUUCGACUGGUGAAUGACUCUGGGCGAUUAGUUGGCAGAAUUUUCCGACGGGAAGGCAGAUGAUCGUGUGAAAGCUGUGCACAGUAGGACCAUCUGUCGGACUGACCUCCUGCCGGAUUCGGGGCAGAAAUCGACGGAUGAAAAUCUGGGCGCGGUGUGAAAACAUUUUUGUGAGACGGUAGCAGCAGCACCAGAACGGGGUACAGAAGAAAAAGAACGGAUUACUUUGUUGGCUAUGUGGGAGGUUUUCUGCUGAUUCUGUGACCGAGCGACAGCAGAGGUUUUAAAUUUCGCGAGUGGUUUUCUAUAGCGAAUUGCGAUUAGUAACAAGCACAAAGAAGAAGCCAACGCGAUAAGCAAAAAGUGAUAUCAGCUACUAAGCAUUCGAAAAAUUGGAUGGUGUUGACAAGUAGCUCAAAGUUAUUCUGUGUUCAAAAAUUCAAGAGCAAUAAUAAUAGUGAAUUGCUUGCCAAAGAGAUCAGACUACACAACAACCGGAUUAUUAGUCAUGGGGAAGUUACUCAGUCUGUUGGCACGCGACGAUUCGACCUGCUGCACACCGAAAACAUACGACGUUUUUCUAGACUUUGAGAAUGCAGCCCCGACGGAUUUAGAACGAGAAGUCUACGAGGAGGUCGACCAUGUCCUGAAACAGUCCGAGAUUGUACUAGACGAGAUCCAGUGUUAUAAGGGUGCCGGCAAAGAAAUCCGCGAAGCCAUCGCAGAUCCCUCCCCGGAAUGCCAGGAGAAGGCAUGGAACAUUGUGAUACCGCUGGUCGAGAAGCUGAAACGUUGCUACGAACACUCGCUCGAGCUGGAACGAAUGGUGCCGAUGCUGCUGGGUCAGCUAGUCGGCGGUCGGCUCAACCCAACGCAACACCUCGAAACGCAGCAGGCUCUCGUGAAGCAACUUGCCGAGAUACUGGAGUUUGUGUUAAAGUUUGACGAGUACAAGAUGAAAACACCCGCAAUUCAGAACGAUUUCAGCUACUACCGACGGAUUGCCAGCCGGCAACGGUUAGAGCAGAGUAACGAACUGAUCGUCACUACCGAACUGGCGAAUCGAAUGUCCCUGUUCUAUGCGCACGCCACCCCAAUGCUCAAGGUGCUCAGCGAAGCGACGUCCAAAUUCGUGCAGGACAACUCCGAUAACGUGGACAACACCACGGAAACGCUCGGCACGAUGGCCAAGGUCUGCCUGCGGAUGCUGGAGAACCCUAAACUCCUAGCGCAGAUCGAACGCGAGGAAACCCACCUGCUACUGCUGCGAGUGAUGGUCGGACUGGUGAUACUGUACGAUCACGUCCACCCGGUAGGCGCCUUUGCGCGUGGGGCUCACGUCGACGUGAAAGGCUGCGUCCGGUUACUGCAAGCUCAGCCCGCUGUUAAGGCGGAACCACUGCUCAAUGCCCUGCGGUACACUACCAAGCAUUUGAACGAGGAAAACACACCGAAGAAUAUUCGGAACCUGCUGGCGGCCUAGGUUUUUCAGGUUUCGUAUUUAACGACAAUGGCGGUUGUGCGUGUGUGUGUGCGUAGUUUUUAUUCUCUACCCACCAUCCGCCACUGCUGCAAUUUAUUUAAAUUAACCGUUUGUUUUAAGUUAUGUCACGAUCCUUUCUUUUGGUAAGGUUUUGUUUUCGUGUUUGUUUUAGAGGAAUAACUUAAAUCGAAUUAACUCGUAAUUAAUCUAAUUUAAUAUCAUAAUUAAAAAGGUUAAGUUAAAGUGAGACAAAGUUUAUCUAGUUAAUAUGAUAACUUAAAUUUACUGUGAAAAUCCCACAAACAGAAUCAAAAUGCAUUUGCAUUAGCGUAAAAAAUGACGAGAACGCGGAUAGAAUAACGUGUUUGUUUUUUCUACUUGCUUUCAUAGAUAAAAGAAUUUCUUAAAAUUAUUACCCUAACGCAGACAAAAAAAAAUUAAAUUUAGAUAAAAUACACUAAAACUAAAAGAAUAUUAAAUGGGAACUAUAUUAUACAGAUGAACAACAAGCUCAUGAAAAUGGUCACCAAAUCACGAUCGCAGAUUUAUAGAAGAAAAUUAAAUUGUCAUCUUUUCUCCAUUUCAUUUCAACCCUGUUAGCUCCUAAAUAAUCAACUGUAAAAAAAUCUAUUAAGCCGAAUACUUCUUGUAUAGCGAUAGAAAAAGCAUAUUUUGAGAUUACCGAAACGUGACUUGGCAACGACAAAAAGCGAAACGCACACUCGAGACACAUUCGUUCUGUUCUGUAUCCAUCUAAUUUUCUUAUCGAAAUUAUCGACUCGGAAAUUUCACAACCAACGAAACAACUACCGGGGCAUUGUAAGUGACAGAUGCUGCAAAACCACAAAUCAAGAUAUAUAACUGAACAACCAACAUGUGUUCCUUUUUUACAAUGUGCAGGGAGAAAUGAAAAAAAUCAUCACCGUUUUGUCACAGCGUUUUAGUACACAACACAAAUAACAGGAUAGCGUGCUUGUAGCGGUCAAAAUUAACUGCACUCGCGUUGUCACAAAGUUUCGGAAGACAAAAUUUACAUCACGAUCGGCGGAUCCGUUGAUCCGCAGCCUAACAUCACAAGAGUCAAAUGAACGCGCCUCAGAUAGAUGAAAUUAGCCACAGACUAGUGAAAUAUGAGAGAAAGAGAACAAAAAAUAUACCGAACCUAACUAAUAAAGCAAACUAUCAUAAUACUAACUAUAAUAAUUGAACCGUUUAUGCAAGGAGGUGCGCGAAAGGUACGGGCGCCUCGCGUUGGGCCAAGUGGGAUGAUUUUUUUUUUUUCGUUUUUUUGUAUGAGAGCCACUUCCUUUGUAAGCUUGGAUGGUCAAAGAUACCAAAGUCAAAGUCAAGAAUAAAAUUCAAACAAUGACGAGAGCGAUUGUUGCCACAGGA